AUGGCCGAUACUCUGCAGGACGCGAACGCCCGCGGCGACGUCGAGGAGAAGGACGCGCACUCGAGCGCCGGCGACGACUCGUCGUCUUCCAGCUCUGGCUCGUCGUCGUCGUCGUCGUCAUCUGAUUCGGAGUCGGACGACGACGCCGGGACGGACAAUGUCAAUGGCGACGCAAGUGGAGUCAAAGACGGCGCUCAGGUCGGCGGAAUGGGCUGUCGUAGUGGCGGUGGCUCGACGAACGCCAGUAAUGCUCUGGGCCCGUCGUUGUCUGCCCCUCGUCCGCAUGGCAUGGCGGCCAGUGCGAAAACGAUGAACGUGAAUUCCACGCGGGCAGCGGCGAGGUUCAAAGCGUCCGAAACUGAGUCGAUGAUGCCGCUAGGGACGCGCAAGCGCGAUCGACGAACGAUUGAGGAGAUCCAGAGAGAUCUACGGGACAAGAGGAAGAAACCGGUAGGGACGUUGAGUGCGAGGUCGAGUCCGCCACCACCGAGAGGAUCGCCAAUGCGAUCUCCGGAAGCGGAAGCGGCCGUCGAUAGUGGAGCGCCAAUGGCUGUGGGUGGACCCCUCAGCCAGUUUGGGACGGCGGGCCGGCUGCCGAUUAAGAGAAAACCAGUGUCGGCCCACGAUCGAUUAGCGAUGAAAUUGAAUGGACGCAAAAGAACGGGUGCCAAGAAACCAGCCAAGCUGGCUGCUUCAAGCGGAACGGUGCCGCCGGUACUAGUCAUGACGAGCAAACCGAUGAUCAAACCGAUGGCGGCGACGACAGCGGCAGUGACUACCGAAAACAGCAGCAGCAGUGAGCACGGAGGUGACACCGGUGGGGAUGGAUACAGCAGCAGCGUCAGCAGGUCACCGCAGGCAGCGGUGAGUGGCAAGGUAGUGCGUGCAGUGCUGCGUGCGAUGCUUCGCUACGGAGACCUGACGGACGUGGGCCUCUAUCCAACAGCUGCCAAUUUCGCUGACGAGUACAAAAUGCCGAGCUUCGUUGAUCGGGCGAGUUUGCAGACAGUUACGAGCGUUUCAACCGAUCGACUGCACGCGCUUGCACAUGAAGUUGCUCACAAAGCUAAGCAAGCAGUUGAAGCGCGACCACCGCACGACAACAUCAAGAUUGCUGAAGUCGAAGCGAGAUCCACUCACAUUAUCGAGCGUCUUUACGAGAAUUUGAAACUUCGUAUCGCUGUUCAGCGUGCCUUGCGGGCCGCUGGAUGUGCGUCGGGCAACGCACAAGCGAAUGCUAAAGGCGCGUACGUGUUGGUGGCCAAACAAAGCGAUCUAUCGGUUCUGGGCGCGAACAUACGUGACUUGCUCAACUGGACCUGGGCUGAAAAAGAGUACGACUGGUCGCAGCGCAAGGACGCAGCGCUGCUACUUGGUGUCUACGUGCAUGGAUUCGGAGGCUGGGAGGACAUUUUGAACGACGACUUGCUCCACUUUCAUGGUCAACGAGCUCUGAAAGGUGAGCGGUUGAAGAAGCGUGCUGAGAACUUACUGAAGCGAUUGCCACCGCCAGACCUUGACGCUGGUGAUCCACGCAUUGUGCAGCUCGCUAGCUCACUCGGUCCCGGAGGCUCGAACUCGAGCCAGUCAUUAGGUGCACAAUUUAGCGCGAUUAUACAGAGUGGGUCUAUCGCUGGGGUCACAGCAUCGGCCCCUGCUGUGUCGACUUCCGGAUGUGGUCGAAUGGCCCGUGCAGCAGAACGAUUUGCGACACGGCAACAGAACGGCGAAAAAGCUGCGAGUCGACGUCCGGUUGGAUCCAGCAAUGGUUCGGGAAUGUCAAACGGUCAGGGGCUGGACAGCAGGCGGCAGCACAAGACAGUGAUCCCAAAAUCAACAGCUCAAUCUAACGAGGUCGAUUGCGAACCCGAAGAUGGCGAAGUUGGUGGUGCAGCACCAGCGUACUCGACGUCGCCGCGACACAAAAGGCGGUCAUCAUCUGUUGACAUUCAAAGUCAGACCUCAUCCCGCAAGAGGCACCGAAACGAUAGUACUGAGAGCUCGAGCAAGAAUGAAAAACCGAAAAAAGAGCAUCGACGGCGUGACCGUCACAAGCCGAAAACUGACUCGCUGUCUACCGCAGAGGUAUCGCGCGCGGCUUUGACAGGAGCCCCGUUGCCGCUGCUCUCCGUCGAUGCGUGUUAUAAGAAGUGGAAACCGAACAAGAAGUUGCAGGAUAUUCGACUGGUGCUGAAAAAGAUGCGGAUAAUGGCCGAGUGGUCACGCAACCAGAAUGACGAGAUCGUCGUCGAGAAGGUUUUCAAGUAUGUGAGCACGAUCGGGGAAGCGAUCGAUCGAGUUGUAACGCAGCAUCAAGACAAGGCCGAAUUGGAAUUGCCGUCGCGCGAGGUCGAUGAACUCUGCACGUCCUUGUGGACGUAUGCCGCGGGAUUCACGCCGUUCACGCCACUGGGGUUUGAGCGUCUGUACGACGAUAUGUGCGCGGAUGCAGAUGCUCUCGUUGCAGCCAAGUCAUGA